CAGUAGGAAAUAAAUGGGAUUUAGGUCGCCAGUGGAUUGAGCAAACUGGCCAUUUUGCACUAAAGGACUUUCCGCUAACUAAUGCAGACCAUUUGACACCAUUUCAAAUCAAUUUGGCCGUUUCAAAUGGAAAUUCUGCCCAGAUGUAAGGUCAAAGCUGAAGAGAACGGAAAAUAGAAAAAUAAUGAAGACAUGGAGGAGGAAGGGGUGGUCAUAAUGGAAGGAGAUGCAAGUGAUGGCAUAAAAAGAGAGAUGGGGAAAGGAGGAAAUGGGGGAGAAUUAUGAAAUGUAGGACAAAAUACACAGCAGGUCCAGAGAGGUGCAGGGCAAAGACAGACUGGGCUAGAGGCAAAUCAGGCACCGGCGGUUCCUUCCAGUAGUGAAGAGUUAAUUGAAGUCAUAAGAACAUAAGAACUAUACAAACGAGAGGAGGCCAUUCGGCCCAUCGAGCUCGCUUGGGGUAAGUCGCUAUUGUUCAUAUGUCAUUUGGAAAAGAUGUUAUGGCUGAAGUGGGACAGAAUAUUUUGAGAAUAUUUUUAGCCACAGGAAAUACAAAACAGAAAAGGGGGCAGAGCACAGAGGGGCUGCAGCCCCCGUAACAGUAGGUCACCUUUGGUUCCUGGGCGUCAUACCUGCUAGUUGACCCAGAUGAAGACCAGGGCAGAGCAGGUGUAUGAUCAGCAUACAGUCAACACACACAGACCUUGGCUGAAAAAGGUGUGAAGAUUAAGAAAAUAAAGAGAUACACCCAAGUAAAGAAGCAUUUGAUUAAAGUAUGGUGAUGAGCAACAUCUUUAAUGUGUUGCAAUAUUUUAUAGCAGACAGCGGUAAUUUAUGAGAGCAUCUUAGAAAGGCUGACACAAACAAACAGGUCAGAUGACACCUACACUUUAAAUGUAAUAUACAUAUCAAGAAAUGGAAGAAUUUUCUACUUAAGUUUAAAAUAAAAUACAUUUAACAGGUUGCUUAAUUAUUUUGAAAACCUUGUGUGAAACACUCGAGGUAAAAUUCUGCAGCCUAUUCCAGAAAACAUUGACACAUGUCAGAGGGCCCCCAGAACAUGGGAGGACUUCAUUUAACCCAUAAGGUUUCGGCCUACAGAAGGCAGAAGCCCAUUCAUAUUCAUACAUAUUGGUCCUGCGGGUUUCCUCUUUAUGACACUGAUCCUAACGGGAAAUAGUUUCUUGCAUGACACCACCCUGCACUAAGCAAGCCAGAUUAGCCAACUGUCCAUAAAGUAGUGAUCCUGAGGUUACCAACGAUCCAAACGCUCAGCUCUCUUUCUGCUACAAAGAGGAAGUCGCCUCUCUUCCUUUGUGGUUUUGCAUUUGCUGUUGCAAACGUCUUAUAAUCUCCACCUCCUCUGCGAAACCCUCCUCUGAGGCAAUCAAGCCAAAGUGAAGGUUUGAGAAGGUCACGCUGUGGCACUCCUAUGCUGUUUGUCGUUCUGGCUACAUCUUUGGUCUAGUUGAGGAACAGAAGAACAAGAGGACACCGGGAACAUGCCGCUCUGCCUCAGAACAUCACCCCAAAAUGGUGAAGGUCCUGCGGAGAAGCGUGUGUCUCUUGUUUCAGCCCUUCCUGCUCUGCUUGUCUGACUGAGCCUCCAGCGCCUGACCGCCCCGCAUUCUGAACCUGCCUGCAGAGCCGCUCAACUUCAGCUUUUUGGAAGGAAAUUCAGCUUUCUGGAUCUGGAUUACUUGGGCUAGCGGGUCUUGAAGAGACUAGUGAUGGGUAACGCUGCCGGUGGAAUUGAGGCGAACCCCGAGAGGGAGGGCAGGGGCCUCUCGGAUGUGUCCGCCUCAGCCCCAUCACUGAGACAGCCCCCACCCCAAAAAAUUCCCAUGCCUCCUGAGGAGGAACUGGAAGAGCGCUUCAGUGCUGUGCUGAGCUCGAUGAACCUACCGCCCGACAAAGCUAAGCUUCUCUGCCAGUACGACAGCGAGAAGAAGUGGGAGCUGGUCUGUGAUCAGGAGCGGUUCCAAGUAAAGAAUCCACCCUCUGCCUACCUGACGAAGAUUAAGGGUUACCUGGAUCAAGGAUCUCGCAAUUUCAAAACCCGUGUCAAGGAGUCAACCCAAGUCUUGAGGGAAUUGGAGAUCUCUCUCCGCACAAAUCACAUUGGUUGGGCCCAAGAGUUUCUCAAUGAGGAAAACCGAGGUCUCGAUGUCUUGGUGGAUUAUUUGUCGUUUGCUCAGUGCUCCGUUACGCAUGACAUGGAGAACUUGGAUAAUGGCGGCAUGCAGGCAGACAAGAGUAAGGGCAUAGAGAAAUCGAUCGAGGACCUGACCGGGCUGACCAGCCUCUCACCCGGCAACAGCAUCUCCAAAGUUACCCGUGCCAUCACCGUCCGGUUAAGUGGCCACUCUCCCAGCAGGAAGGCGCUGCGGAACUCACGCAUCGUCAGCCAGAAGGACGACGUCCACCUCUGCAUCAUGUGCCUGCGCGCCAUCAUGAACUACCAGUCUGGCUUUAAUCUGGUGAUGACCCACCCUCGCUGCGUCAACGAGAUCACGCUCAGCCUCAACAACAAAAACCUGAGGACUAAAGUGCUUGUGUUGGAGCUCCUCGCUGCUGUGUGUCUGGUGCGGGGAGGGCAUGACAUCAUCAUCGCUGCCUUCGAUAACUUCAAGGAGGUCACUGGGGAGAAGAAUCGCUUUGAGAAGCUAAUGGAGUAUUUCUAUACUGAGGACAGUAACAUAGACUUUAUGGUGGCAUGCAUGCAGUUCAUCAACAUUGUGGUCCACUCGGUGGAGAACAUGAACUUCCGUGUGCAUCUGCAGUACGAGUUCACACAACAUGGGCUAGACCAGUACCUGGAGAAACUGAAGGACACGGAGAGCGACAAGCUGCAGGUGCAGAUCCAAGCUUACCUCGACAACGUGUUUGACGUCGGUGCGCUGCUGGAGGACGCCGAGUCCAAGGGCGGCUUUCUGGAACACGUGGAGACAAUGAGGGAUCACAAUGCACAGCUGAUGGCCAGGCUAGAGGAGAGCGAGAGGGAAAGCAGCGAGAAGAUGGCAGAACUGGAGAAGCAGCUGAUGCAGGCCACCAAAGAGAAUGAGAUGCUGAAGGAAAACCUGCGCGACUCCUGCACGCAGGUCAGCACUCUGCAGCAGCGGGAGCGGGAGCGGGAGCUGAAGCAGGAACGGGAGCGGGACAGGGAUCGGCCCUCCCUGGUGCCGUCUGAGCUGGAACUCAAGGUGCUUGAGCUGCAGGACCGGGGCCUGAUCCACAUGCGACGCUCCUCUUCCGGGGCCCUGGACAUCGAGGUGAUUCCUGUCACCAUCGUGGAGCAGGUGCUGGUACCUGCCAGUGAAACAGCCCGUCCCAUCCAGGACACACCCACUCUGCUUCCACCCAUUUCAGACCUGCCACCUGCACCUCCUCCCCCCCCGCCACCCCCUCCCCUGCCGGGUGAACCAGAGCCCACUGGAACAGCCCUGCCUCCUGGUCCUCCUCCUCCACCUCCCCCUCCUCUGCCUGGAGGAGGACCUCCUCCACCCCCACCACCCCCAGGGGGAGGACCUCCUCCACCACCUCCUCCCCCUGGGUGCGGACCUCCUCCACCACCUCCUCCCCCUGGGUGCGGACCUCCACCUCCACCAGGGGCCCCACCUGGUGGAAGCGACACUUCUGGAGCCAAAGGCAAGAAGCCGAUACAAACCAAGUACCGCAUGCCCCUGCUUAACUGGCAGGCCCUCAAGUCCAACCAGGUGACAGGAACCAUAUUCAACGAGCUGGAUGACGAGAACAUUCUACAGGAACUGAACAUGGAAUCCUUCGAGGAACAGUUCAGGACUAAAGCCCAGGGACCCACAGUGGACCUGAACAAGAAGAAGGUCAAAGCAACCAAGAAUGUUCCAAGCAAAGUGUCUCUCAUCGAGACCAACCGGGCCAAGAACCUGGCCAUCACUCUGCGGAAGGCCGGAAGGAGCGCGUCAGACAUCUGCACCGCCAUUGAGACAUAUGACCAGCAGUCGUUGAGCCUGGACUUCUUGGAACUGCUGGAACGCUUCAUCCCCACCGACUUCGAGAUGAAGCUGAUGCAGAACUACGAGCGAGAGGGCCGGCCGCUGGACGAGCUGUCCGACGAGGACCGCUUCAUGGUGCGCUACGGGAAGAUCUCACGCCUGCCCCAGAGGAUCAGCACGCUCACCUUUAUGGGCAACUUCCCUGAAAGCGUGAAGCGCAUACAGCCGCAACAGAAUGCCAUCAUUUCAGCAUCGAUGUCCGUUAAAUCUUCAGCGAAGCUGAAAAAGAUCUUUGAGAUUGUCCUGGCCUUUGGGAACUACAUGAACAGCAGCAAACGAGGAGCAGCAUAUGGUUUCCGUCUGCAGAGCUUAGAUAUGCUGAUGGACGCAAAGUCGACAGACCGCAAGCAGACUCUGCUCCAGUUCAUCGCCAACAUCGUCCACGACAAGUAUCCAGAGCUGAACACCUUCCACACAGAGUUGCACUUUGUGGAGAAGGCCGCUCAAGUGGCCCUGGACAGCAUCCUUCAAGAGGUACGCUCCUUGGAGAGGGGCAUGGAGAUGGCCCGCAAGGAGUUUAUGGUGCAGGAUGACAGCCCGGCGCUAAAAGAGUUCCUCAAGACAAACAGUGAGCUGCUUGACAGCCUGAUUAAAGACAGCAAGGCGGCUCAGGAGUCGUACACAUCAGUGGUCGAGUACUUCGGAGAAAAUGUAAAGACUACACCGCCAUCUAUGUUCUUCCCCAUAUUCACCCGGUUCGUCAAGGCCUACAAGCAAGCGGAGCACGACAUCGAGCAGCGGCGCAAACAGGAAGCCAUGGCCAACGAAAGCGCUGCAGAGGCAGGCCCCUCGCCCGCCAAGAAACCGCCUGUUGGAAAUAAGAUGCCGAUGAUGCCCAAAAUGCCCCAGGUGGACCUGAUAGCUGAGCUGAAGAAGAGGCAGGUAAAGCCGCAGGUGCGUGAGGGGAAGGACGGCGCUAUCGAGGACAUCAUCACAGAUCUGAGAAACCAGCCCUACCGCCGGACAGAAGGAGGCUGGCGCAAUGCCAGGAAAUCGAGCGACGCUCAGCCCCAGGCCCCGGCGGAAGCGUCGCAGUGACACACCUGCUUACUGGACAUAUACGACACACACAAACAGA